CUGCCCGAUCUAUCUAUUCCCCUCCAGCCGCAAGUCUCUCAACCUCCAGCUAGGGUUUCGCACGCGGUAAGUUUCCCCCCUUUCAAUUCGCUCAAAUCUCCUCCAAAACCUGGACCCGCGCUUCCAUAAUGUCGUGCCUAGGCGACCAUAUGUUUUCGUUAAUGAGUAGCGUGGCCUAUUAUGAUCAAAUUCUAGGAUUCAGGCGAGAUUGCCACGUCUUCCUAGUGAGAUGGCCAUGCUCAGGACUCGGAACAGCUUCCUUAAUUACUACUAGCAAUUGAACGAAUUAAGUGUCUUUUUUUAUGUAAAAAAGCCCUAGGUCUUUCUUAGUACUCUGAACCUUUGCUAUGUCACUUGCAGGGCCUCAGUUUUAUCUUCUUAAUUUGGUGUUUAUAAAUGAUUGCGUGGUCCUUAACAGUUAACACUAAUGAAAGGCUGUCAUGUUCUUAUCAAUACAUUUACACACAAUCCUCCUUUUAAUUUGUUACUAGCAAAAGUGCCCGUGCGUUGCCACGGUCUAAAACAAAUGUGCUUAUAAACCUAGAAAACAAUAUGAUGUAAUUUUUACCGCUCAAAAUUUGUUACUACCUCUGUCCAUAAAUGGAUGUCGCAAGUUUUUCUAGAAUCUCAUUUCCGUACAUCUAAAUUUAGACAAAUCUACGAUAUUCUUUUAUGGAUGGAGGUAGUAUAUUUCACUUGUUUUUUUUUUGUUUGUUUGUGUCAUUUAAAACAUUUUUGAUUUUGUUUUAGAUUUAGAUUUAUUUUCCCGUUGCAACGCACAUCAAUCCUCUCAAAAGAGAAAUAAAAACUCAACAUCCGACCUUCCUUUGGCACACCGCUAGCCAACGUGGGAGCCGGCUAUGGUACAGAGGAGGGGGUCGAAGGCAAAAGCAGUGGCGGAGCUGCUCGCCUGAGCCUGGGCCAAACCUUGUUGGCGAUGUACUACACAUAUUUUGCCCAAACAAGCAGCAAGCUGAACUCUAAGCAUGCUCUGUUUUCAGCGGAGUUUCACUGGGCGUACCCGGGAAGUUUCCCAGGGUUGCCAGGGAGGUGGUUCCGCCCCUAGGCCAAGGUAGGGGUUGGUAUAUGGUUAGUCGCAAGAUGGCCUUGAAAGACGUAGAGGUCGGUGAAGCGGUUAGGAGCGACAUGGAUGUGAGGCUUUACAGAUUAUGAGUUAAUCCACAUAAAAUCGAGGGGUGGAAAUGCAAUAUCGCUUCGCCCAUCUUGGUCGCCACCCCCUCGAUGCCACUAACCUUGCUCGACCACCUACGGCCAUUUCCAUAGACCGGCAGUGCACCGUUCUCCAUUGUUCAGGAAUUCGUUAACUGGUAACGGCUCGCUCGGCCACUGAAUAGCGAUUAAUCAGCCAAUUCCCUAGUUAAUCGGCCGAUUAAUCGGGUAAUCAACAUUUAUCGGCUACUCAGUGACCCACUGAGUAGCGAUUAAUUGGCCAUUUAAUUGGUGAUUCAGCUGAAUUCUUGAACAAUGCCGUUCUCUCCCUCGUAUCUCACACACGGUCGCCACACCUUCCUGGCUCCGUCCGAUUAGCCUCCCGCCUGAUAUGCUGAUAUGUCGUCAUCAUCGUCAUCAAGGCCGCCGACAAGCUGCAAACCUCCACCUCAUCCUGGCUUCAGUCAUGGUUGCGUGGAAUUUUGUCAAGGCGGAAAACAAUCGGUUAUUCCACUUUGGCUGCGGUAGAUGGUAAUUUCGAUAGAAAAGUGAGGAUAUAUGAGUAAACAAAACCAAAAAAUAAUAAUCUCUUUGGCCUCUCUGCUGUGUCAUACAACGGGCACAACCAAAACAAAUAAGGCUUCUCUGAAUCUCUGCUCUCAGUCAACAGCUUUGCAGGGCCCGCUCUGUUGUUUAUUUCGGCUCGUAGAUCUGGGGCAAACCAUAAUUCCUUUCUCUCUGGUCGAUCUGGGGCAAGUUAUAAUUUCUUUCUCGCUGAUUGUUUUCUCGGAGGCGACUUGCAGAUUCCAGAAAAUCUAGGUAUAUAAACCGGCUAAACUCCUUAUAAUUAAGCGAGGUGGGAUUAUUGAACAGAAAAUACCCAGCAUAUCAUAAGGAUGAAGCGGACUUCAUCAAAACGGAUUUGUAUAAUUUUUGGCUGAUUCUAGGAAGCCCACUCAUGCGUCUUGGGGUCAAUUGAUGUGAGCCAGGCCCACAAACGCAACCACAUGGCCCGGCAGGGUGAGAGGGAUGAAGAACUCGUACCGAUGAGUUCCUCCACAGGAGCCGCUCGUUCGUGGGAGUAGAAAAUUAAACGAACCGGUACAUGGCAUGUGAUGUAUUAAGGGAUUUGGUGGGAGGGUAAAAACGUCCAUAAAAAAGUUGGACGAAAAUUUUGGCAGAAACCUUAGCUCCUUUAUUAUUAGGUAUAGAUUAAGGGAACCAUCGGUCCCGUGCUCUUCCCGGCUAUCGAUGCACCUACGUUAAGAUAUGCAGCAACACAAUACAGUAGGGAUCAAAGACUAAAUGAUACUAUACACUCAAACUACCUGCAUUUGUCGACAGACUCAUAACAGGAAGCAAGGACUAAGUGAUAUAAUCAAACUGCCGACCUUAUUUACUACUACUAACAUUUGUGGGGAUGUAUGGUUGUUUAAGUGCAGCGCCUCCUAAACUUAGAAAAACUCAACUGUGUUGCUCUAGAUGUUGCUGUGACUUGGCUCCUUGUUUGUUACAAAGCUAUUAGUUAGCUACUGAAACUCCGUCGCCUUACCUCAUCUUGCAUUUUCAAACUAGAACAAGGUGAACUAGAAAACACGCUUGUUGCUCUUGCUCAUCAUUCAGCAAUGCUGUUCAAACCCCUACAGUGUACAUCUCCGGUUCAGGGAACUUCUUUCUUGUAAGCUAUUGUGCUGGUUUAUGUACCAGUUAUCCCAAUUAUGGGAUCAGACUUUCUUCAAGUGCUAUGUGUCCUUACCUUGGAAAAACUCAAAUGUGCUCAUCUAGAUGCUGCGCUGAAUUAGCUCUAUGUUAGUUAACAAGCUAGUAUUAGGUAGGUCGAUUUACCUUACCUUACCUUAUUAGUACAUUUAUAAACAAUCUUCCUUUUAGUUUGUUAGGGAAUCAUGUGUGUUUUGCUCUUCCUGGCUCCUGAUUCACCUUCACUGAGAUAAGAUGCAAACUGAUAGAGUAGGAACCGAAGACUAAAUGAUAUACUCAAACUACCUACCUUUGUUGACAUAUUUGGGGGGAAUGGUAGGAAUCAAGGACUAAAUGACAUAUUCAAACUGCCUACCUUUUUUUUCCGAUAUGGGAGCAUUGCUCCGGCCUCUGCAUCAAUAGAUGCACACAGCCAUGUUUUUAUUAAAACAAAGGUUCAAAUAAAUAUCCUUAUUACAACCCAGAGACAUCUAAAACUGUAACAGUAACCAGCCAACCAAAGAUGAAAAUAAAACAAAAUCUAUCCAUCUUCAAACUUCGAUUCUUUUAAUGUGCCGCCAUCCAGUAGCCUGGAAUAGCAGUCCCGUGCGACCGCCAAUAGUCGGUUGCAACCAAUAUCCAUGAUAUCCCGCUGGUCCUCCGGGAGAAGGUAUGCCCAUAGUUGUAUCCAAUGCGCCGCACGAAGAAUAACCUGCAAAAAAUUGGUUCCCUUCUGUUUAUUAAACACAAUAUCAUUUCUACUAGUCCAUAUCGACCAACAAAGUGCAGAAAUGCCAAUACGAAUAUGUUCUUUAUCUCGCUUAUUCACCCCAUUUAACCAAUUACCAAACAUGUUAGUAAUAUUUGUUGGAGGAGGAAUGUUAUAAGCAAAAAAUACCAUUCUCCAAAUCAGUUUUGCAAAAGGACAAGAGAGAAACAGAUGAUCAACCGUCUCAUUGUUAUCACAGAAACAACAUUUUUGACAGCCUAUCCAUUUUCUCUUAAUCAGAUUAUCCUUAGUAAGUAAAACCUUAUUACUAAGAAACCACAUAAAAAUAUUUAUCUUAAGGGGUACUUUAAUCUUCCAUAGGUAUUUUCUCAGAAAUCUAGUAUGUCCAUUCAUAAGAUCAAGAUACAUAGAUUUAACUGAAAAUAAACCUGAGUCUGUUAGUUUCCAAACAAAUUUAUCAUUAUCAUUUGUCAAUUGUACAGACAUUAGGCGUUCACACAAGUUUAACCACAAAUUCCACUUAUGUUCAUUAAGGUAUCUCCUAAAACCAAUAUUAAUAGGAGAUUGACCCAAAACCGUAGAUACCAACACAUUCUUUCGUUAAACUUUGUGUGAAUGUUACUAACCACAAACUGCCUACCUUCUUUGUUACUAACCUUUGUGUGAAUGUUGGUUCUUUAAUCGAUAUGUGUCCUAAACUUAGGAAAACUUAACUUUAUUGCUCUAGAUGCUGUGCUGACUUACCUCUAUGUUACUCCAGUUAACAACAUAUUAGAUAGGUAGACUAAACAGUACCUGUGUACUUGAAAAAUCACCGGCUGUAACUGUUGCCCCUUUCUUGGAACCAACUGAAAUGCAUGGUUUAAUUGGUGAAAACGAGUACUGGAUAUAGAUUCUGUGGUAUCAGCAUAGGUAAUCAAAGUAUAGCCAUAUCCUGGAAUGGUAGAAAGAGCUGGCCUUUCUGGACUUCAUUUUAUCUAUUCAGUUUUCCUCUAAAAAGACUGGUUGGAAAGAGCUGGUAUUUGUGUAUAUUUUUUUUUCACCAAGAACAUCUUCUGCACACUUCAUUUUUUCUGUUCAAUCGUAGUUUGGAUACCUGACUUUGUGCUUAUGUUGUUGGAGAAACUAUGCAGAGUUUUACAUUGGUAAAUUCAGCAGAUAUUUUUCAGAAUGGGUUUGAAUGGAACAAUAUAUACAGAAUAAUCAUCUAGCACUAGGAGUUUAAGUGGCCAAUCAACUUGUACCUAUAAGGCUAUAACUGUCAUGGAAAAAUUAUUCCAUCCAUUAGGCAAUGCUGGUUCUCUUUUUAGCCUAACUAAGAUUGCCACUCCCUAGAUGAACCUAUAGUUUCCCUCUUGCAGUAAUUUGUUUAGAUGAAACAGAUACUCAUGGAGCCAUGGAUCAAAGUUGGCGAAUGGCUGUGGUGUUUGUGAUAUGCAUGAAAAUGUGGAUGGUGAAGCUUUCGCAUCAACAUGUGCACUCCCAAAUUUCCUUUUCUCAAACAUUAUUCCCCAAAGUGUCUUCCCACACACCAUAUUUAGCUCUGCUGGAUAACCUGUGCACUGUCUUUCUUGUCCUGCAGUCAUUAAUCCAUUAUUAUUUUCCAACUCUGCAGUACAAAAUUUUAUCUGCAGUCACCUCGGCGCGUUCCUUUUUUGUGCCUUUUGGAGGAUCAUUCCAAUGCUACUCUAUUUUCAUUUUUGUCCAGUUGUGAAAGUUGUGAAUGGCUUCCUCCUGAAUUCCAAGUUCAAUGUGUAUAUUUGGCCAAUGGUACCUGAACUAAUAGAUGUGCACUGAUAGUAGCUUUAGCUUUAGAGAUUUUUUUUUAAUUCCCUGUUUACCUACCAUCCAGCCUAGUAUAAUCUAGCUUUCAAUGAUGAGCAUGUUGGGGUUCUGCGUCAAGAUCUAGAUUCUUUUCCUUGUUAACACUGAAAUAGCUGUAUUGUAUUCUUUCGGUUGUUGGGCACUAAGAAGUAAGAACGCUGUCAGAACCUUAGUUUUAAUAUUCAUUGGCAAGUAGGUCUUAGAUUUUCUAGAAGUAGGUAUUCAUCUCACAAGAGUGUUGAAUCAUAGACAGCUGACCCUUCAGUAUGUCCAUAUCAGAUGAUUCCCUCUCUUGUGUCAGAGUAAUACCUGUCAUUUUUAGCUUUGAUUAAGAACACUGUCAGAAGCUUCUUGCAUUACAAAAUCAACCUUGGCAGGUUAUUGUUCCUUUUGCCAGUAUAUACCUCUAGACACAUUCCUGUGUAUUACUUACCUUCAUUCAGGAUAUCACCACAUUGUCACUCUGUUCUGGGAUUCACUUGUUUUUUUGGCUGUUAAAGAUUCUAUUUGCUUGUUAUAUGGCAAAAAUAUAUGAUGAUAACGCACCGAGAUAAAUGUAAAGUUUCACUGACCAGUACGACUCCAUUGUGUUGUGUACUUGUGUGGAGGUCGGUGGUCAAAAGAUUAUUCAGCUGUUGCCCAGAUCCUGCCAAUGUUGAGGUAGGUACGACCAAUUUUCGUUGCCAAUACUUGCACCUUGCAUCUCCUUCUCACAACUGAACAGGACCUGCCUAUUGAGGAUCUUUUCAGUAUCAGGCCAUGAGCCUUCAUCAUUGUCCCUGCUCGAUCUGCUUUGCAAAUUUUACUUGGACCUCAUGAUUCACAUAUCUCUUUUCAAAGUUUACAUACAAACAGGGUGACAAAGUAAAAUAAUCAAGGCAUGUGAGGGCCCUGUUAACAUAGACUAAUACUAUAAGAUAAUGCAUGUGAUUCCUAGCAUCUAUUAGCAGGCAGGCCUACUUGUCCUAUUGUUUACAUAAGCGGUACUCUUGGUUCUCUUAAUUGGUUAAAUGUAGACUUAAACCUGAGAUUGAUCUCACUGGCGUGUGUGACCUUGGGUGCGGUGCUGGGGCCAAGGGGUUUCUGCAUAAAUAUAACCACGUCCACGUGACAACCUACCUGUACUGAUUGGAUCGAACUACAUGUGGCCCGUGAGACAUGCUGCCAUCAAGAUACGCUUAGAUCAUCACCGACUAGCUGGUUCUGAUUGGAGAUUUGAUAUUUAUAUUGUUUUCUCAUCGUACUUAAGAGCAACUUGGUGAUUUGCAGAGUAGCUUACUCUGCAAAUGGCAUUCUAUGCAAGUUUAAUGAUGGUAGUUAGUAGUUACGCUUAGAGCAUAACUUGGGCCAGUUAAGUAGUUAACUUCGUGGAAUGGUUAAUGGGAUAGUGUUAUAGGAAAGUAGUAGUACCUAACGAUCCAUCAUUAUUGUACUAGGCAGUGGAUCUUGCCAAUUGAAUAUUCAGAGACAAAGAGAACAUUUAGUGCAUGCGUAUGCGGUGAUUGGCUGGCUAAUCAGAUCGUUAUCAGGCUAAUAGGAUCUGUAUUAACCAACUCUUGCGCAUGUCCGAUGUCAUUAGUUUGUCAUAACACAUUAUCUACAAUUAAAAAAGUCUGCUAUGUUAUUAAGUUCCGCACCAGUUUACUAGAUCUCUUACGCUCUUAAAUGAUGUGCAGUAUCAUGACUGGGUGGGCAAAUUAUGGCAUUAAUGCAUUGGAAUGAUUAGCGGCUUAUGAUCUAAAGAUGGAACUGAUUAAUUACAUUGAGCUGCCUGGAAACUAUGUAUUUGUUCUGGUAUGAUGUAUUACUAGUUGAUAGUUGAACUUUACUAGCUCGUGAAAGCCGAGAGUGUCUAGAGACUUGGAUCAAAAUGCAAGUACCCACAAUGCUUACAAGUUGAGCUUUUACUGUCAUGUUCACAUCGUAAUACUGUCUUGUAAGCUUCUAGACAGUACGAAGGGCUAAUCCAUGUUGUACUAGCUCAGGUGUCAGUGUGUCACUGAAGGAAUAAAGCUGGUUGUUCCACUAUAGUUGCUGUACUGGUUGGCUCAUUGCAUUGACUGGUCAAAUUUCACAAUGAUUCUUCUUAGUUGUCCAGCAAUAAUUUCCUAGAAAGACAGAUUCAUUCUAAUAUGAUCUGUACAUAUACUAGUCUUUGUGAAUGUAUUUGGUGCCAUAGUCCAAUGCAUCUAGCUCUUAUUGCUUACAGAGCUAAAUGCUGCGGCUAACACAUGGAAGUGUUUCUUCAUAAUAUGCAGUUAUUAAGUAGUAUAACUUGUUGCAAUCUGUAUAAACUUACAUGUAUCAAUUCAUACACGAGAGCUUGUUCCGAGCCGAAGGCAUACAUGAUAAUGCUAUACUAAUUGGUAAGCCUAAUACAUAGCAAGCCUCAGCCUCAUUACAUGCAUAACCUGUUGCAUAUAACAAAACGCUGGGUUCCUCCGUACUUUCAUGUUUUCAGGAAGCUUGGUUACGGUAUUUUACAUCAGGUCUACUUGAGCAACAGAACAAGAAUGAGAAUGACUGAAGUAGAGGAACCAAAGGGUUUCACGAGAUUGCAGGCGUGGGUUUAUCUGCAACCAGCUCAGUCCUUUGUUUCACUCAUUCUUGUAUUUGAAAGUCGAAACAGUGCAGGAUCUGAUGCAUCAACCCUGGUCUUAGUUCUCCCUGAUAAUGUUUGGAUGUAAUAACACUUGUCAAUAUGACCCAUACAUGUAUUGAUUAUCAGGCGCCACAAGACAUGGGCUGUGGGUGCCAAAUGAUCGAAGAGACCAGUCAGCAUCAUGACACUGCUGAAUCAGAUACAGACUGUGAGUACUGGCCUCCAAGUCGUCUCUCGCGCCAGCAUUUCUUCUCAUGUUGUUCAAAGUUCCCUCCCACUUGCAGCGGCGAUGCACGAGUAGCAUAACACUCACACAAGCUCCUCAGUCACGGUCGAGGCAGUCAGGCUCGUCGAGGAUCACUGACGAGCAAAUCAGCGACCUUGUCUCCAAGUUGCAGGACCUCCUCCCUGAAGCGCGCCUCCGGGGCAAUGACAGAGUGCCAUCUUCAAGAGUGCUGCAGGAGACGUGCAGCUACAUCAGGAGCUUGCACCGGGAGGUCGACGACCUGAGCGAGAGGCUGUCUGAGCUGCUGGCGACGUCGGACAUGAGCACCGCACAGGCGGCUGUCAUCCGCAGCCUUCUGAUGUAGUGAGAGAGAGAUGGUCCUCGUCCUCGCCACUGUUCUUGCCGAGCGCACAACCCCGAGUUUGAAGUUUGUAGCUUAGAGCGUGAUCACUUAAUCUAGCGCCGGCGUUGCAGGUUACCUAAUUCGUGUCUACGUGGAUACAUGCUGCUAUCGUGUCAUCAUUGUUAAUCAGGCCCAUCUUUUUCGUGUAUUUAAUCGUCAUUCGUGCAAAUAAUAAUCAUGUACCUUGUGUGUAUGUGUUGUAAUUUUGCAAUGUCACUCAGUAGUGGUACUGCCUGGCUA